GAUGAUCUGCACAGAACUCCUAACUCUGCAUCAGCCACAGAUGGAUUUUCUGCAACAUCAUUUAUAGAAUAUCCAAAGUACAAGCCGUUUAUUAAUUCAGAUUUGCUGCGCUCCCCACGGAAACCAGUAAUUGCAUAUCCUGAAAGCAACAGCAGAGCAAUAUUUUCUGCUCUGAAGAAUCUCCAGGAAAAAAUUCAUCGACUGGAAUUGGAACGGCUUCAGGCGGAGGAGAAUGUAAAACACCUCAGCAGGGAAACAGCAGACUAUAAAAAAGUACUAAGUGAACAAAUGCAGCACAAAGAGCACGACAAGACUGAAGUGUCCAAGAAAAAUCAAGAACUGGCUUCUCAGCUGGCAGCUGCUGAGUCUCGGUGCAGCCUUUUAGAGAAACAGCUAGACUACAUGAGAAAAAUGAUCCAGCAUGCAGAAAAUGAGAAGUCGCAUCUCUUGGAGAAACAGGGUUCGUUGGAGAGAGAUCGACUUCUCGAUCAGUCGCAUGUUCAGGCUAAAUUGGAAAAGCUGGAUAUGCUGGAGAAAGAGUACAGCAGGCUUACGACGAUGCAGUCCGUAGCAGAG